AUGAUUUCUUCCUCGAAGGAAGAAAUCGAAUUAUUGAAAGAAGAAAUAAGAGGGAUGCUUGUAACAUGCACUAAUAAACGUCAACAAAUUGAAUUGGUAGACGCCAUUCAACGAUUAGGCAUUGCAUACCAUUUUGAAAGAGAAAUUGAACAAACAUUAGCACAAAUUUUUGUUAGUACCCAGAAAGACUCUACCUCUGACGAUAUUGGUGAUCUUUAUACUAUUGCUCUUCAAUUUCGAUUACUUAGACAACAAGGCUACAAUGUCUCCUGUGACACAUUGAACAAGUUCAAGGAUGAAAAAGGCAACUUCAAGGAGGAUGAUCUAGUUGCUGAUGCACGAGGCAUGCUAGGUUUGUAUGAAGCUUCAUAUCACCGUGUGCAUGGAGAGGAUAUCUUGGAUGAAGCUCUUGCAUUCACAACAACUCAACUGAAAUCAAUUAUUGCAACCCAAUUAAUUAGCCCACCUCUUGCAGCCGAAAUUAGUCAUGCAUUAAAGCGGCCUAUUCGCAAAGGCGUGGUAAGAAAAGGGGCAUGGCUUUACAUUUCUACGUACCAGCAGAAGGAGGGGGAAAUUGAGGCUUUACUAAAGCUGGCGCAGUUGGAUUUCAAUCUAGUGCAAAAGAUGCACCAAGAAGAGCUAAGCAGUAUCACAAAGUGGUGGAAAGAUUUGGAUUUGCCUACAAAGCUACCUUAUGCUCGAGAUAGAUUGGUUGAGGGCUACUAUUGGCCAUUAGCAGCUUUCUUUGAGCCCCAUUAUGCUCUAGGCAGAAGUAUGCUAACCAAAGCUAUAGCCAUGUUGUCUGUAAUUGAUGAUACAUAUGAUGCUUAUGGUACUCUUGAAGAACUUGAGCUCUUCACCAAAGUCAUUGAGAGCUUUGAUAUUAGCAUGAAGGACGAACUACCAGAAUAUAUGAAAGAAAUUUAUCAGGCACUCUUAGGUGUCUAUAGUUCAUAUGAGCAAGAAAUGGCCAAGGAAGGAAGAUCAGACUGCAUAUUCCAUGUGAAAGAAGCAAUGAAGAAACUAGUUAGAGCUUACCUCGUGGAAGCAAGAUGGUUUAACGAAAAUUGCGUUCCAACAAUAGAAGAAUAUAUGAGUAAUGGUUUCAUCACCUCAGUUUAUCCUCUGCUCAUACCCGUAUCCUUCCUUGGAAUGGGAGAAUUGGCUUCGAAGGAGGCUUUCGAUUGGCUAUGCACUGAACCUAAGAUUGUCAAAGCUGUGUCGGCUAUUUGUAGGCUCAUGGGUGACAUUGUCUCCCACAAGUUUGAGCACAGCAGGGGACAUGUUGCCUCAGCCGUAGAAUGCUACAUAAAGCAGUAUGGUGUGUCAGAGCAGGAGGCAUGUUAUGAAUUAAAUAAACAAGUGGAAAAUGCCUGGAAGGAUAUAAAUGAGGAGAUCCUGAAGCCAAACAAUGCAGCUCCAAUGCCUCUACUCACCAUUAUUCUUAACUUUGCUAGAAUCGUAGAUGAUGUGUACAAAGAUGAGGAUUGAUAUACACACUCCAACAAUGCAAUGAAACAAAAUCUGGAAACCUUGCUACUCAAUCCCUUGGCCAUUUGAGCUUGGAAAUUCUCCAACAACUGAUUCUGUUGCCCUCGCAUACAAAUAAUUUGAAUACAUCUUUUUUCUUUAGAAUUGUGUUAGGGGAUUUUAUGGUUGGUAAGAUUUGAACUCAAGCAAUCAUUCUUGAAGUGUUCUUACCGUCCCAUCAGAGGUUAAGGCCCUAGUUAAUUUGG